AUGCAUCUUCCUUCUCUUCUUCUUGCUGCAGGCUCGGCAGGUCUUGUUCUUGCUCAACCUCUUACUCGUCUUGGCCAACGUGCCGCCAACAAGCUUCGAUUUAUUGGUGUCAAUGAGUCGGGACCUGAGUUUGGCGAGGGGAAUAUUCCUGGCCGCUUAGGAACGGACUAUACUUGGCCCGAUCUUGAUUCCAUCAGUACCUUCGUCAACAAGGGCUAUAACAGCUUCCGUGUAAAUUUUCUGAUGGAGCGUCUGGUGCCCAAUCAAAUGACUGGCUCGCUAGAUGCCGCAUACCUCAGCAACCUCACACAAACUGUUGAUGGCAUUACUAAAUUUGGUGCUUAUGCCAUCAUCGUACCUCACAAUUACGGUCGCUACAACGGCGCGGUUAUCACUUCGACCAAGGAUUUUGCGACUUUCUGGAAGACUGUUGCUACACAGUUCAAGGAUAAUGAAAAAGUCAUUUUUGAUACCAACAAUGAGUUUCAUGACGAAUCUUCGACUCUUGUUGCUGAGCUCAACCAAGCAGCCAUUAACGCCAUUCGCUCUGUCGGCGCUACCUCUCAGUACAUCACCGUCGAGGGGAACGCCUGGACCGGUGCGUGGACUUGGACAACCACGCAGGGCACCGAUGGCAAGACCAACGGCGAGACGAUGGUUGACUUGACUGAUAGCGUUGAAAACAAGCUCAUCUACCAGAUGCACCAAUAUCUCGACUCGGACGGCUCCGGUACUCAUCCAACCUGUGUGUCCCAAACCAUUGGCAGCGAACGUCUCAAAGCAGCGACAACCUGGCUGCGUGACAACAAGAAGAUUGGAUUGAUCGGCGAAUUCGCAGGUGCUGUCAACGCCGAUUGCGAAGCUGCUGUCAAGGAUAUGCUUGCUUAUGUGGCCGAGAACUCUGAUGUUUGGGCUGGUGCUCUGUGGUGGGCUGCUGGUCCCUGGUGGGGCGACUACAUGUUUUCGGUCGAGCCUAAGGAUGGCGUGGCAUACAGCACAUAUGCAGACCUCAUCGCAUCGUACGCAUGA